CAAGACAAGUUGUCACUUCCUCAUUUUCAAGACUUGCUCCUCUCAUGGCCCAGAAAUCUCUUUCAAUCUCCAGAUUGUGACCGAUUCCUGGGUGAGCGGUGAGUUUCUGACCCCCUCUCCAGGGGCUUUUGGAUGGGACCUUGCUCUUGAAGGAGCCAUGGACAUCUGGCUUUGGUCACUUUACUUCCUGCCAGUAUCUGGAGCUCUGAAGAUACUCCCAGAAGUCAAGCUGGAGGGAAUGCUGGGCGGAUCCAUUACCAUCAAGUGCCCACUUCCUGAAACACCCAGGAGGCUAUAUCUGUGCCGGGAGAUAGAUAAACCCAGAAGUUGUGUCACCGUGAUAUCCAACACAAAUUUUGUCAGGAUGGACUACAAAGACCGAGUCACACUGAAGCCGUGUCCAGAUCAGAAUCUGUUCCUAGUGGAGGUGAAAGAGCUGACCAAGAGUGACAGCGGAGUCUACGCCUGUGGGGCAGGCAGGAACACAGGUUGGGGCAAGACCCAGCAAGUCACCCUGAAUGUCCACAGUGUAGAGUAUGAGCCAUUCUGGGAAGAGGAGCCUGUGCCUGAGCCUCCAGCAUGGUUUCAGAAAUUCCUACACCGGCCGAUGCCAUGGUUCCAGAUGCCUGCACAUGCCAGUUCCUUUGAAUUCAUAUCCAAAGUAAGCACACCAGCCCAAAAGACGGCGGUCCCUUCAGCACACCACUCCUCCCCCACCACCCCAAUCACCCACCGCCCUCGAGUUUCCAGAUCAUCUCCAGUGGUAUCUGCCAAGCCCACAACCCUCCUGCCAUCCACCACAACCUCAAAGACCUCAGCACCAGAAGAGCCGCUCAGGCCCCAGACAGCCAGCUACAACCACCAAACCAAGCCUUACAGGCAGAGAGCCUUCAACCAUGUCCCAGCGUCCCGGAUGGAAGACCAAGGAUUUCACAUCCUGAUUCCCACCAUCCUGGGCCUCAUCCUGCUGGCACUUUUGGGGCUGGUGGCGAAAAGGGUCAUUCAAAGGAGGAAAGCUCUCUCCAGGCAGGUCCGCCGGCUGGCCGUGAGGAUGAGCGCCCUGGAGGCCUCCCAGCGGCCCCCGUCGCAGCGGCCCCGCGUGUCUCAGCGGUCACGCUCCCAAAACAACGUCUACAGUGCCUGUCCUCGGCGCUCUGGGUGGGCGCAAGCUGCGGGUGAAGGGGAGGCCCCUGUCCCAAGCUCCGAAGCGUCAGCGCCGCCCGCCCCGCCGCAGGUGUCUGAAGCUCCCUGGCCUCAUGCCUUGUCUCUGAAGACCAGCUGUGAAUAUAUGAGCUUCUACCACAAGCCUGUUGCCAAUAUGGAGGACACUGAUUCAGAUUACGUCAAUAUCCCCUGCCCAACUCACCCCUCCAACUGCCUCCCUGGGCCCAGACCUUGGUGCCAAUGAGCCUUACCUGUCUGUUGCUUUCCAACACCUACUCCAUCUGUUUUUGGAACCCUCAUUACCUCUCACAUCUCACCUCAAGUCUCAUUCCUGUCUGUUUGCCCUGAGCUCAGUGCCCUACAGCUAUUCUUGCACACCUUUGCAACCCCUUGUUGCUUUCAAGUGGGCUCUGAGGUCAUGCAAAGCAUUUGUCCCAAUGCUACGUGCCUCCUUUCCAAGCAAUAUAACAGGCUGUGGGAUUCA